AUGAUUGCUUCUUGGAAGCGUGAUAGAGUUGAAGUUACUGCUGCUACGACUCGAGCGAGGCAAGAUCAACCGCCACUAAAGGUGCCCACCCACAAGGGGAAGUUGAAGAAGUUCUUAGAUGUCGAGAUAUCAGAGGAUGUCAAUGUGAUUGUUGAAGAUUAUAAUCUCCUUUCACUGGUGGACUAUUCGCUGACCAUGCUCAAUGGUCAGUUAUUGAUGGCCUUUGUUGAGCGACGACAUAAGGAGACAUAUUCCUUCCAUCUUUCAUUUGGUGAGAUGAUGAUUACCUUAGAUGAUGUCUCCUAUGUGUUCCAUCUUACCCUAGCAGGUAGUUUCUUCACCGCUUCUCUCACUAGCCAGAAGGUUGCACAUAUUACUAUUGUACAGGACUUGAGGGUUACUGAGGAGCAGGUGACAAACGAGUUUAGAACUAUGAGGGGUGCCCACUUUCGUAUAUCUUGGCUCCGAGAUAGGUAUAAAGAUCUAGUGCAUCAGGGUAUGUACGAGGAAGCCACCAGUGUAUACAUGCUAAAUCUUGUAGGAUCUACUAUCUUAGCGGAUAAGUCUCAUGUACAUAUAGAUGCGGCAUGCAUAUUUUUGUUUAGUCGCCUUGAGCAUUACAACUAA